CAAGCUCUAGGGGUUCUACCUAAAGAACCACCGGGCUGAGGGCAAGGGCUGUAACUCUCUGGCCUUCGGGGGGCUCAAUAAGCCCUCCUACAAACUGGGGUGCAGGUGAGGGGUUGGGGGUGCUUUUUAAACCCCCCAGGCUGGAGGUGAGGGUUUGGGAGGCUCUAUAACCCCUCCUACAAGCUGAGGUGCAGGUGAGGGGUUGCAGGGGCUCUAUAACAACCACCCCCAGGCAAAAUGAGACAUGGACUUACAUUCACUCUGUACUGAAUUGCAGCCACUUCUGGGGUGAAGGGCAGUAGCUGCAUAACACACAGCAACACUGCACAGGGAUUGCCUGCCCAGCACUGAAAUGCAGAUACCUCUGGGGUGGAGCGCAGCAGCAGUGUAGUAACACAGCGACACUAUACAGGGAUCACUCACCUGGCACUGAAAUGCAGACAUCUCUGGCUGGAGCACAGCUGAUGUGUCACAGCACUCAGCAACACUACACAGGGAUCACUCACCCAGCCUGAAAUGAUGCCACCUCUGGGGUAGGAAAGCAGCAGCUGCUGAGCAGCCAAAGAGCGACACUACUCACAGUUUAGAGCAGGGUGUGAAGAAGACUCUCACUUCCAUUUGAAAGCUCUGGGGGAGUUUACAGAAACAGAACAUGCUGUUAACCGGAGCUGAACAGCAGCCAGGGCACAAUAGCUUGGGUCUGCACUGCGGGUAACCAGACAACGGCUCUGCCAUGAGGGAUUUGCUCUGAUUGAUGGAAGGUGGGAUGGGGCAGGGAGCCAGUCAAGCCUGGGGAACAAAUUCCUUCUCCAGGAGGCUUUGCUCCAGGAUCCUGGAGCCCAGGCUCUAUGGCCAUUAAUUACGGCACCACCCAGCUGGAAGGGAAGGGCUGGGGCAGGUCUCUGCGCUCCACAUGUCACACGCAGACAAGGCAGAAGGAACCAUUUCACAGACGGUUCUCAGCCAGGGUUACGUGUGCCCUGGGGGCGUGCAGAGGUCUUCCAGGGGAACAUCCACAGGCUACAGAAGAAGCGUUAGCGAAGGCUCCAGCGAACGUGACAGGAGGCAAAGAUGGCCCCAUCCAGGUUGAAGGCGGUGGUUCGUGAGAAGAUCCUCAGCGUUGUCUUUCGCAGCAUAAAGAAGGAAGGAGAGUUGAAGGUGCUGAUCAUGGACCACUCGAGCACGCGCAUCCUCUCGUCGUGCUGCAAGAUGUCCGACAUCGUGGAUGAAGGCAUCGCACUUGUGGAAGAUAUUGAUAAGUGCCGGGAGCCAAUCCCCAGCCUGGAGGCCAUCUACCUGCUCAACCCUGUGGAGAAGUCAGUGCAGGCUCUUAUCAGUGACUUCCAGGGCUCCCCCACCAACUACAAGGCAGCUCACGUCUUCUUCAUCGGCCCCUGUCCUGAACCUCUGGUCAAGGAGCUGAGGAAGUCACGGAUCUCCAAGGCCAUCAAAACCCUCAAGGAGAUCAACCUGGCCUUCCUGCCCUACGAGAGCCAGGUGUACUCCCUAGACAGGACACAGACCUUCUACAACUGGUUCAGCCCCUACCGCUUCUGGGAAAAGAACAAGGAGCUGGAGAUGAUGGCAGAGCAGAUUGCCACGUUGUGUGAAACCCUGGAGGAGUAUCCAGCCAUCUGCUACCGGAAGGACGGUGAAGAUAACUUCCACGUGGCUCACGCUGUGCUGGCCAAACUCAAGGCACACGAGCCCAGCAUGGGAGAGGUGUACUCCCUAGACAGGACACAGACCUUCUACAACUGGUUCAGCCCCUACCGCUUCUGGGAAAAGAACAAGGAGCUGGAGAUGAUGGCAGAGCAGAUUGCCACGUUGUGUGAAACCCUGGAGGAGUAUCCAGCCAUCUGCUACCGGAAGGACGGUGAAGAUAACUUCCACGUGGCUCACGCUGUGCUGGCCAAACUCAAGGC